AUGCAAUCAUCCUCAACUCCUGCCCACAGAGGGUGUGUCACCUGGCAGGGGCGCCUGCUGGCAGUCCUGCUCCUAACCUUCUGGAACCUGCACAUCGCUGCUCAACUCACCGUUGGAUCAGUCCCACCCAAUGGUAUCCAAGGCAAGGAUAUUCUUCUCCUUGUUUCCAAUCUGCCUGCCAAUCGUUUAGGCUAUGUUUGGUACAAAGGGGACAGAGUAGAGCCCAAACUUCAAAUUGCAUCAUAUAUAAUAAACAUAUCAGAAAUUACCCCAGGGACUGUGUACAGUGGUCGAGAGAAAAUCUAUGCUGAUGGAUCUCUGCUGUUCCAGAACGCCACCCCGGGGGACACAGGAUAUUACACCCUUCAAGUCAUAAAGAGAACUUUGCUAACUGAAGUAGGAACUGGACAGCUCCACGUAUAUAAGCCAGUGUCAAAGCCCUCCAUCCGAGUCAGCAUAGGACAUAAGGACCCCAAUCAAGGAAAAUAAGGACCCCAUGGUCCUCACCUGCUUCACAAACAACACCAGGAUCUCCAUCCAGUGGUUCUUCAAUGACCAAAGUCUGCUGCUCACUGAGAGGAUGAAGCUGUCCCAGGACAACAGCAC